GGCCCGAGCAGCCCCGGCUCCCGCCGCCCGCCCCGGUGCCCGCCGCGCGCGCCCGAGCGUCCGUCGGUCCCCGCUCGCCCCGGGGGGCCCCGCGCAGCCGACCACCGCGGGGGGAGCGGCGAGGAGCUCCGAGGGGCGCCCCGAUCGCUCUGCAGCCCGCCGCGGGGCGCGGGGGCCCGAGCUUGGUGGAAGCGGCCGAGGCCGCGCGGCGGUUGGGGUGGGGGGUGCACCCCACCCCCUUCGCCCAGAUCCGGGGACCCUCGGCCGGCGCCGGGAGGGGGUUUCUGCACGGCGGAGGAGGAGGCGGCGGCGGCGGCGCCCCCCGACACACGCGCACACACGCACGCACUCACACACACACACGCGCACGCACGCAGAAGCGCCCCCCGGAGCAUGCACGGCGCGGGCCGGCGCGGCGCGCUCUGAUCCGGGGGGUCCCCGUGCUCCCCGGAGCAGCCAUGGGCGCCGGGGGAGGCCGGGGGGCGGCGGCCGGGCCGCUGCUGCUGCUCCUGCUGGCCGGGGCCGCGCUGCUGCUGGGCGCCGCGGGCCACCUGUACCCCGGAGAGGUCUGCCCCAGCAUGGACAUCCGGAACAACCUGACGCGCUCCAGGACCUGGCCAACUGCUCGGUCAUCGAAGGGCCACCUCCAGAUCCUGCUGAUGUUCAAGACCCGCCCCGAGGACUUCCGGGACCUCAGUUUCCCCAAACUGGUGAUGAUCACGGACUACCUGCUGCUCUUCCGGGUCUACGGGCUGGAGAGCCUCCGGGACCUGUUCCCCAACCUGACGGUCAUCCGGGGCUCCCGGCUCUUCUUCAACUACGCGCUGGUGGUCUUCGAGAUGGUCCACCUCAAGGAGCUGGGUCUUUACAGCCUCAUGAACAUCACGCGCGGUGCCGUGCGCAUCGAGAAGAACAACGAACUCUGCUACCUGCUCACGAUCGACUGGUCGCGCAUCUUGGACUCCGUGGAGGACAACUAUAUCGUGAAGAACAAGGACGAUAACGAGGAGUGCGGGGACAUCUGCCCCGGCACGGCCAAGGGCAAGACCAACUGCCCGGCCACAGUCAUCAAUGGGCAGUUCGUGGAGCGCUGUUGGACACACAACCACUGUCAGAAAGUCUGCCCGACCAGCUGUAAGUCUUCAGGCUGCACGGCGGAAGGUCUCUGCUGCCACAGUGAGUGUCUGGGCAACUGCCUGGAGCCCAACGAUCCCAGCAAGUGCGUGGCCUGCCGGAACUUCUACCUGGACGGCCGCUGCGUGGACACAUGUCCCCGCCCCUACCUUCACUUCCAGGACUGGCGUUGUGUGGACUUCAACUUCUGCCAGGCCCUGCACAACAAGUGCAAGAACUCACGCCGGCCCGGUUGCCACCAGUACGUCAUCCACGAGAACAAAUGCAUCCCCGAGUGUCCCUCUGGGUACACGAUGAAUUCCAGCAACCUGCUGUGCACCCCGUGCCUGGGCCCCUGCCCCAAGGUCUGCCACCUGGAGGGCGAGAAGACCAUCGACUCGGUCACGUCAGCCCAGGAGCUGCGCGGUUGCACUGUGAUCAACGGGAGUUUGAUCAUCAACAUUCGUGGGGGCAACAACCUGGCCGCCGAGCUGGAGGCCAACCUGGGCCUCAUCGAGGAGAUUUCGGGGUUCCUGAAAAUCCGCCGCUCCUACGCACUCGUCUCUCUCGCCUUCUUCCGGAAGCUUCGCCUGAUCCGGGGAGAGACGCUGGAGAUGGGGAACUACUCCUUCUAUGCUCUGGACAACCAGAACCUGCGGCAGCUCUGGGACUGGAGCUCACACAAGCUCACGAUCGCCCAGGGCAAGCUCUUCUUCCACUACAACCCCAAGCUCUGCCUGGCCGAGAUCCACAAGAUGGAGGAAGUGUCGGGAACCAAGGGCCGCCAGGAGCGCAACGACGUCGCCCUGAAGACCAACGGGGACCAGGCAUCCUGCGAAAACGUGCUGCUGAAAUUCUCUUUCAUUAAGACAUCCUUCGACAAGAUCAUGCUUAAGUGGGACCCCUACUGGCCCCCCGACUUCAGAGACCUCCUGGGGUUCAUGCUUUUCUACAAGGAAGCCCCCUACCAGAACGUGACGGAGUUUGACGGGCAGGACGCGUGCGGCUCCAACAGCUGGACCGUGGUGGACAUCGACCCACCGCCGAGGUCCAACGACCCCAAAUCCCAGUCCCACCCGGGGUGGCUGAUGCGGAACCUCAAGCCCUGGACCCAGUAUGCCAUCUUCGUCAAGACCCUUGUCACCUUUUCGGAUGAACGUCGAACCUACGGGGCCAAGAGCAACAUCAUCUACGUGCAGACCAAUGCCACGAAUCCCUCCGUCCCCCUGGACCCGAUCUCCGUCUCCAAUUCCUCGUCCCAGAUCAUCCUCAAGUGGAAGCCGCCGUCGGACCCCAACGGGAACAUCACCCACUACCUGGUGUUCUGGGAGCGGCAGAUAGAGGACAGCGAGCUCUUCGAGCUGGAUUAUUGCCUCAAAGGCUUGAAGCUGCCCUCUCGGGCCUGGUCCCCUCCGUCCGAGGCUGACGGCGCCCAGAAGCAGAACCGGAGUGAGUCCGAGGAGGCCGGGAGCGAGUGCUGUUCCUGCCCCAAGACGGACUCGCAGAUCCUCAAGGAGCUGGAGGAAUCGUCCUUCCGGAAGACGUUUGAGGAUUAUCUGCACAACGUCGUUUUUGUGCCCCGGCCGUCACGGAAGCGCCGGGCAUUGGGCGAAGUGGCCAAUGUGACGGCUGAGUCGGUGCCCACGGUGCUGGUCACCCCCAGCGCCCCGUUCACCACCAGCCUGCCCAUGAGCACGGAGGAGCCGAGGCUGUUCGAGAAGGUGGUCAAUAAGGAGUCGCUGGUCAUCUCGGGCCUCCGCCACUUCACUGGGUACCGCAUCGAGGUGCAGGCCUGCAACCAGGAGGUUCCCGACGAGCGCUGCAGUGUGGCCGCCUAUGUGAGCGCCCGCACCAUGCCCGAAGCCAAGGCAGACGACAUCGUGGGCCCCGUGACCCAUGAGAUCUUCGAGAACAAUGUCGUGCACUUGAUGUGGCCGGAGCCCCAGGAGCCCAACGGGCUGAUCGUGCUGUAUGAAGUGAGUUACCGGCGCUACAGCGAUGAGGAGCUGCACCUCUGCGUGUCCCGCAGACAUUAUGCGCUGGAAGGGGGCUGCCGCCUGCGAGGCCUUUCCCCAGGGAAUUACAGUGUCAGGAUCCGGGCCACUUCCCUGGCGGGCAACGGCUCCUGGACGGAACCCACUUAUUUCUACGUGACCGACUAUUUGGAUGUCCCGUCCAACAUCGCCAAAAUCAUCAUCGGCCCGCUCAUCUUUGUCUUUCUCUUCAGUGUUGUGAUAGGAAGUAUUUAUCUCUUCCUGAGGAAGAGGCAUCCCGAUGGCCCGCUGGGGCCACUGUAUGCUUCGUCAAACCCUGAGUACCUCAGUGCCAGCGAUGUCUUUCCCUGUUCCAUGUACGUGCCCGACGAGUGGGAGGUGCCGCGGGAGAAGAUCGCCCUGCUGCGCGAGCUGGGCCAGGGCUCCUUCGGCAUGGUCUACGAGGGCAACGCCAAGGACAUCGUCAAGGGCGAGCCGGAGACCCGCGUGGCUGUGAAGACCGUCAACGAGUCAGCCAGCCUGCGGGAGCGGAUCGAGUUUCUCAAUGAGGCCUCGGUCAUGAAGGGCUUCACCUGCCACCACGUGGUCCGCCUCCUGGGCGUGGUGUCCAAGGGACAGCCCACUCUGGUGGUCAUGGAGCUGAUGGCCCACGGGGACCUGAAGAGUUACCUGCGCUCCCUGCGCCCGGACGCUGAGAAUAACCCGGGUCGCCCCCCGCCCACGCUGCAAGAAAUGAUCCAGAUGGCAGCAGAGAUCGCGGACGGCAUGGCAUACCUCAACGCCAAGAAGUUCGUGCACCGCGACCUCGCGGCCCGCAACUGCAUGGUCGCCCACGACUUCACGGUCAAGAUCGGAGACUUCGGGAUGACCAGGGACAUCUACGAGACAGAUUACUACCGGAAGGGGGGCAAGGGCCUGCUCCCCGUGCGCUGGAUGGCGCCCGAGUCUCUCAAGGACGGCGUCUUCACCACGUCUUCAGACAUGUGGUCCUUCGGCGUGGUCCUCUGGGAAAUCACCAGCCUGGCUGAGCAGCCGUACCAGGGCCUCUCCAACGAGCAGGUCCUCAAGUUCGUCAUGGACGGAGGGUUUCUGGAGCACCCGGAGAAUUGUCCAGAGAGAGUCUCCGAGCUGAUGCAGCUUUGCUGGCAGUUCAAUCCCAAGAUGCGGCCCACAUUCCUGGAGAUCGUGGACCUCCUCAAGGAUGACCUGCACCCCAGCUUCCCCGAGGUGUCCUUCUUCCACAGCGAGGAGAACAAGAUACCCGAGAGCGAGGAGUUGGAGCUGGAGCUGGAGGACAUGGAGAGUGUCCCCCUGGACCGCGCCCUCCACCCGGCCCGGGAUGAGGAAAGCAUCCCUUACACCCACAUGAAUGGGGGCAAGAAAAACGGACGGAUUCUGACUCUCACUCGGUCCAACCCGUCCUAACAGUGCCUGCUGGGGGGCGGGGAGUCCUCCCUGGGACUCCCCACCCCCCCUACAAUCCCCGUCCUCCCCAUCACCUCCCUCUUGCAAACUCAGGAUUCUCUCCCGACUGCUAUUAGGAUCUCCCAGAGCUCAGAGACCGUCAAACCACACACCGCCGCCCUCCGCCUUCCCGACGGCCCCCUCUCUGGGGUUGGAUUUCCCCCCCCUCACGACGUGACACAUCAGAACAUUGAACCAUGAAGCAUCCUUCUUUUGGGGGGCAAGGGGCCAUCCACGGCGGCCGACCAGGAUGUGACUUUUGUUGUUGUUGUUUUUCCUUCCAGUCGCUGGAAAGAAGGCACCUGUUUUUGGUUGUGUGUGUGUGUGUGUGUGUGUGUGUGUGAGUGUGUGUGUGUGUGUGUG